AUGAAGUUGACCGAGUGGAGCCUGGGGCCUACCAACUACAAGAAAGCCCCCAAUGAGAUUUUCGGCCCCAAGUUAUGCAACAGUCUAAGCCUUGUUGAUAAACCGGUUAGGGCGAAAAGCAACCACCAGAAUGAACCGAUGGGUACGCUCGACCCCACAAAUGACGAUGCAAAGCUUCCUGAUAAUAGAUUAAAUCGCCUCGCUUUCCACCUUGACGCUCCUGUGCUGAAUGGCAUCCGGGAGAGUGUGUCGUAUCCCUCGUUGUCCUCCCCCCGGGCGACUUUUGCUAUUCAAACCACACAGCCUCGCGACACAAAAUCCUUCCGCUCCGUGAAGAUCAACACGCCGCUCAGCCGCAACGCGGACCCCACGGCAAGGUCUUGGAGCGGGGCGAAAUCGGAGAUCGCUACAACAGGGACUUAG